CUCUACUCCUCACAGUUCUCUUUGGCUCUAUUCAAUCUCUCUAGCUGCACUUGUUACAGCUCCUCUCCAUCACCUUCAUCACAGCACCAGUGUCUUCUUCACCAAAGAGAAACCGAAGAUGUCCGGCAUCAUGAAAGUGUUUUUGCUCCUGGCUGUCAUGGUCUGCAUCUCUAAAGCCCAACUUGAUGGUACAUCAGGAAAGAACUGUCUGUGUCGAAAUGUCAGGAAUGCAGUUGGCUCGAGGAAUAACAUAAAGGACAUCCAGGUCUACCCAGCAACCAUCUUCUGUGACCAAGUGGAGAUUGUUGUCACCUUAAACAGCGGCCUUCGCUAUUGCCUGAACCCCAAGUUGAAGGCAGUGCAAAAACUCAUGGCUAAGAUCAUGACAUCGGUAACUUCUACUACAGCCAGACCAACUGAACUCACUUCCACUACAGCUCGCAUCUGAGUCAUCAUCUCCUCCGAUCAAUAAGAAGAGCAGAUGACCUCUGACUCCCACAAACAAAAGCACCUUAAACGAAUGCAGAUUUAGUUGAAUUCAACUUUUUAUCUAUUUAUCUUCUAUUUAUACUGAUGUGCACUUACAGUAUAAUCUCCGUUCCAUGUUUUUUCCUUUUAUCUGUUUUUGUAAAUAGACGUAUAUGUUGUGAACCAAGUUUAUGCAUUUUGGUAAUUUGUCAGUGUUUUUUUUAAUAAUAAAAAAGAAAUCAAAGAA